CGACGCAUGCGCAGCGACACCUAGUGACGAGGAUAGAAAAUGGCGGAAGCUCGAAUGAAAUAUUAACCAGGAACCAUGGAGAAUGAGCAAACUGUAACCACAUCGUCACCAUCUCCAACUAUUACAACCACCUCUGCUUCCCACCCUCCCCCGAUCUCCGUGUACAGCUCAGACCGCCAUGCUGUGCAGGUUAUCCAACAGACGCUGAAUCGACCUCCCAGUUCUGCAGCCCAAUAUCUUCAGCAAAUGUACGCAGCCCAACAGCAACAUCUAAUGCUUCAGACUGCGGCCUUGCAACAGCAGCAUUUGAGCAGCACUCAGCUUCAAAGUUUAGCCUCUGUUCAACAGGCAGGUUUGUCUGGCGACAGGCGGUCUGCUUCCCCUUGCGCUGUUAGCCAGCAGUCCACUGUUCCUCAAACAUCUCUUAACCUCUCCACUUCACCUCCUCCGACCCAAAUUGUAAGUCGAUCACAAACUUCCAGCACAACAAGCAGCAGUAUCACACAGAAAACCAUGUUGCUUGGAAGUACUUCUCCAUCUGCAAGCCAGGCUCAGAUGUAUCUACGAGCCCAGAUGCUUAUCUUUACUCCAGCCGCCACCGUUGCAGCGGUGCAGUCCGACAUUCCAAUGAUUUCGUCAUCUACAUCUUCAGCCUCCAGUCAGUCAUCUGCCACUCAGGUCCAGAAUUUAACACUGCGGAGCCCACCAAUAUUGGAAAUAUCAUGCCCUCAAAGCAGUCCUCCAAAAAUCAAUAACCAUGAUCAGCCCCUUGCUAUGUGUCACAAGACGACCGUGACAAGCUCCAAAACCAUCCACACCAACUCUUAUGAGGGAAGCCAUAAAGGAGAGACUUCUGGAUCAGAAGCCCGCUGCACAGCCCUAGCAAGGACAGCAAGUUUACAUCAGCUUCUUGCACCAGUAUCAUAUUCGUCAGUCCAACCACAUUCUUUGGUUAAACCCCCAACGGUCCAACUCCACCAAGAUCCGCCAAAGCUGCCGCACCAUCAAAUGAUAGUACAACAGCAGCAGCAGAUACAGCAUCGGCAUCAGAUUCAGACCAUUACCUUACAUAACCAAGCCUUAGAGUCUCCAUCUGCCCAACAGUGUGUACCGAUUCAGAGCCCAGCAUUCCUGUCCCUUCCCAGUAGUGCUCAUUCACACCACUGUACCCCUGCCCCAACUCCUCCUCCUCCAUCUCCAACUCUCACACACUCUGCUCACCAGUCUGUAGUUGUGUCACCUUCACCAGUACAAUCCCCAUGUCAGUCUCCAACUAUAAUUAUUCACCCACAAGCCCUACUUCAUUCUCAGCCACCUCUACUUGUGCAGUCACCACUUCCAUCCAGAGAAAAUGCACAGCUGCAGAGCACGUUGCAUCCAUCAUCACAGGUGGUUAUUCCAACACAUCCUUCAUCUACAGUGACUCCAGUAAGCCAUACUGGACCAUCACAUCAGCAUGCAAUAGCAUCCACAGCACAGCAGAUAAUGUCUCCUAUAGAUUCGAUACAGUCAUCACUCCAGUCCUUGCCACAAACAAUGGCAGCCUCCCCAAAUUUACCCGGAACUCUGCCUUCCCAGCUCCAAUCUUUGCCUCUACAGUCCAUGCAGACCAUAUCAGUACAACCAGAAAUCUUAACACCAGGCCAGGUUCUGGUGCAGAAUGCAUUACUAACGGAAGAAGAGCUUCCUGCUGCAGAAGCGCUUGUUCAGCUGCCUUUCCAGACUCUUCCACCGCCUCAGACAGUUGCAGUAAACCUGCACAUGCCACCAGCUCAAGUGGAGCCCUCAGUGGUUUACAGAGUACAAAAUUUGUGUCCGGAAGAGGUGCCAAUGGAGCAACAGGAAUGUGUACGUGUCAUUAUGCAGACCCCUACACCUCCAACACUGUCUCCCCCUGCACUUCCUUUAGGGAGUGGAGAGGAGCUUCCUGCAGAUCAUAUCAUGCAAGGUCUCCCGACAGCGGUGUCUUCAGUCAGUGCCUCAGUUAUUAGGUCCCCAUUUGACAAUUCCUAUGCCUCUAUACCAGCACCACCACUGCUUUUACCAGCUGCUACUACAAGAAGCAAUAGUACCCAGAAGCCUAACAGCAUUCCAGGUUUGGAUAGCAAGAUUCCACAAGCAAUAGUUAAACCACAGAUCCUGACCCAUGUCAUUGAGGGGUUUGUCAUCCAAGAAGGCGUAGAGCCAUUUCCUGUGAAUCGAUCUUCCCUUCUGGUAGAUGAACCUGCCAAAGGACUUCUUCCACAUGAUGAACAGAUUAUGAACCUUACUGACAUGGAGUCAGACGUUCAGAGCACAGCCAAGCUUCCAGACAACUCCACUGACACAGAUGUAGAUGACCUAACAGCCGAGGAAGGUGUCUACGAGGUGGAAUGUGAAAUCUUGGAGUGUGAGUUUUGUGGAAAGAGAGGCUAUUCAAACAUGUUCCUGAGGUCAAAAAGAUUUUGUUCACAGUCGUGUGCAAAAAGAUAUAAUGUAAAUGGCACAAAGCACCUUGGGAUUUACAAGGCUGAAAAAAGCAACAGAUGGAGUAGAAAGUCUGACGGGCAUAUAAGACGACGUGGGAGGCGUCCACACAGCUCCGGAGGGUCAGUGCGAGACCACUACCUAAGACAGCUGUCCACUUCAUAUUCAUUUGCUGAAGUUUUAGAGGAUCCCAUCCCAGUGCCUAUGACCACUCGUCUCCGGAGUAAGAGUGAGAGAGAGCUGGAACUGCGUCGUCUUCAACUAACGAAAACAUCCUCACCAUCUGAGUCACCAGCUGAUACACAGACCGAGCCAUCCCUAUGGACUGUUGAGGAUGUGUGGGUGUUUAUACAUUCUUUACCAGGCUGCCACGAGAUUGCUGAUGAAUUCAGAACACAGGAAAUUGAUGGACAGGCUCUUCUUCUGCUGAAGGAGGAUCAUCUGAUGAGCACUAUGAAUAUUAAGUUAGGACCAGCUCUAAAGAUCUGCGCUCGCAUUAACUCACUAAAGGAAACAUAGUAUACUGCACGCCGACAUCUGUACAGUGAAGAAAUGACCAUCUUUGCAAAUAGUCAUCACAUUGCCUAGUUUUGUAGCCAUUUGUUUCUCGAUGUAAACCUGAUUCGUUAUUGGCGGGUCAGUGGAGAUUGUUAAUACUUUACCACGUGAUGGUUACAUAGAAAACAUACCAUACUGCAGAAAACACAUGGAACAGCUGCUCCUCCAUUUCGUAGGUUGGUCCGCCACCUGAUCAUAUUUCAUUUUAGUCUCUUUGUCUGAUUCUAGAACCUGAAUCAUGUUAGGUAAUUGAGAUUCUGAAAAGCAAGCUGCAUUAUCAUACACAUUUCCCUACAUACACAAGCUUCCAGUGUAUGUUUUCUACCACUUGUAUUUUUCUAUCUUACUGAAAGUGAACCAAGUAUUGCACAACCAAAUUGCCAGUGUUCUUUAUAAUGUAAAACCUAUGUACAAUGAAAGCUCUGUGUGUGAUUUACUAACCAGGAUUAUUCCCUCCAACAUAUUAUUACGGUAUAUCAUAUAUCAGUGACCUCCUCCCAAACAAAGCAGCAGGUCUGAUAAAUGCAGUUUAAGCUGUGUGUAAUGUUGUGCUGACACCACUGGAUAUGCAUGGACUGAAUAAAUGUGGUGUAAAGCCAUAAAAGCAACAUGGCACCAAGAUUUUUUACAGCAUAAGGCCUCAU